ACAGCAUGCAAUUGUUUAUGGAAAGAAAGAGUUUAAAGCUCGUAAACUAUCAUUCAAAACCUGGCCCGCUAGCAAUCUUUGGGAGACACGUAGAAGCAAUAAGGAUACUCACACGUAUGAUUAAGCCAUGUCUUUCAACUAUCAAUAAUAGGUAAUUUCCAAGUUCUGAAUAUAUGAACUACAUUCAUAUUUUUCUCGUUUUUUAAUUGAUAUAGGUUAUGCUCUUUAAUCUCUGCUAAUAUAGACACCAUUUGCAACAAGUACUUGAAAUUCGAUCAUCACUUCGUACUCGAAAAAAAACGAAUGGAUUGCGUUUCAAAGAUAAAAACGCGAAUGAAAGCAUGUCACACCCAGCGUGAAUUGAAUAACUUUUUUUCGAAGCCCAAUACAAAUGAAAAAUUUGUUGCAAUUAGGCAGUCGAAAUAUAUUCAACUUUUUAUGACGCUGUACCUUGAUUAUGUUAAUGAAAUAAUAACACACCAAUUGGCAGGAAAAAUAGGCAAUUUUGACGAUCAUGAGAUCGGAUACAUUAUCUCAGUAGAAAAGUUACUUUUAGAUAACGUUAUUGGAGAAGAAGAAACUCAAAAAAAAUGGUUAACUGGAAGUGGUAUGACAAGAAAGUUCGAUAAAAAUCGAAAAGUACGAAUUGUCAGUCAAGGGGGAUGGAUUUUACCAAAAGUCGAACAAAGGAUAGGGUUGAAUUUUGGUCUACGAUCUUAUUUUGUUGUGGCGCUGGUACACGCAAACUACGUGCAGCUCACCUUACACCAUGUUGUCAAGUCUGCAAUAAAUGGAGAAGCUUCAUGUAGUAUUAUUAUCGAGGAUGAAAUCAUACCAAUUGAAAAUGUACAUGACGCACUAUAUAAGAGUAUUUGGAAUAACGUCAAAACACAUAGCGAAAUCAAUUACUGUACAACACACAAAGACUCCGAAGAAAUCCCCUGUGAUUAUUUUUCAAUCAAAAAUUACAAAUACAUUCUAACAAACCUAAAGAAAAAUGUCGAUAAAAUAUUUAAAUAUGAUAGCGCAUAUUUAGCCUUAGAUGACAAAAUAUCCUUGUCGAUCAGUGCUUUAUGCAAUUGCACAGUUUUUUUAUCUCUUCGUCAUGUUAUUCACAUCGGCGUCAAGCCAAUACUCUAUGAAAUUGCAACUGUUAUGGCCGCCUCACUAGUAAAUACCAACAUAUUUGGGAAUUACAAGGUUGAUCGUUUGAUUGUUAUUGGAAAUGUUUUCAAUAUUAAAGACACCUCACCAAUAUAUAGAGAAUACACAGCACUAUUACAAGUUGCAGUCGAUGAAAUUAUUAGACAAAAAGAAAAAGAUACAAACUGUUUUAUUUUGCAUGAAAACCUUUCACGAUUCUUGCAAAUAACACGGGAUGACAAGCAGCACAUGCUUUGGAGCUUGACAACCGGAAUUUUGCAACAAGUGUCAAGUAGUACAUACUGUGCAAUAGCUAGUUUAAGCGAUAGCAAAAAUAAUCCACAUAAAGUGUUAUACAAGAACAAACAAGGAUCAACAAUUAGAAUGGAUGCUUUUGAGUACAAGGCAGCUGUACUAGCUCUGCAAAAAGGACAAUCAAUCAAAAGUAUGGAUUUUUUUAAAAACUACCAAUUAAUGUGUAAUGAUGAGGAAGAUAUGGAUCAACGAUAUACACUCAGACUGGGUAUAAUAAAGUCUCUAAUAGUUUACGAUAUUACUGACUAAAUUUUGUUAAUUAGAAUUGGUAAGGCUAAAGGAAGUGGGAGAUGUUGUCCUAGACGAAGUUUUGAACCUAGAUAAACACCCAUAUGAAGAGGUAGCAUGGUUUAUUCUUCCAUGCGAUAAGAGUAUUUUUGCCUCCUCUUUUAUAUUCGAAGCAAGACAUAUCAAUUAUAACUCCACCAUUCAAUUUUCCUUAAGAGCUGUUGGAGAAGAGGAUGGAAAUAAUGAUAGGAACAAAUGUGCUACAAUAAGAGAGCAUCUGACACUGGCUUAUUUUUAAGGUUUCUUCCAUCCAAAAAAAGUUUUUAAUAAAAUUUAGAAACUCAUUCGAG